ACACGGAGAAGCGGAACCGGAGAAUCAGGCGGACAAAAACCCAACUUUAAUCAGGCUCGAACCCCGUACAGCAUUACGUCUCUCUCUCUCUCUCUCUAUGUGAUUUAAACCACCAAAGGCGCCUUUCUGCAACACUGGGACAUUUUUACCAAACACAAAUUCUAGUUUUUUUUCUCUCUCUCUGGAGGACUGAGAAAUAAUACUGGACUUUUCAUCCAGAACCGUUUUUUUGGUGCCAUAUCAUUUCCUAACUGUGGGUACAUUUUCAAUAUUUAUAUAUUUUAAAAGGAAACAAAAGUCUUAAGUAUAAUGUGGAUUUAAAAUCUACUUAUUUAUAAUGCAAUUUAUGUAUGGAGAUUUAAUUAAUAUCGAGUGUGGAGUUCUAUUUAAAGUCGUAUAGCGUUAAAUGUAUGUUCAUUAAGACUAUUUGAAUAUAUCUAUAUCUUUAUUAUAUGCAAUUUUACCAUUUUAACAUAAUGAAGCAUGAUAGAGUGCUUUCUAAAAGGCAGCAGGCGAUAGGAUUUUCUCUAGUGAUUACUCAGACUUUAUGAUUUGUGGACUCAGAGAGCAAAUAUUAUAGAUAUUAUUAUAUAAAAUUAACAUGCGUUUAAUGCUUUUUUCAAUAUUAUACUCUAAAAGAAACAUCCCAUAGUUAUGCCUGUUUCCUAAGCAACACAAACAGCAAGGAAGAUUUAUUUAUAAGCCCGAUUUUUUAUUUUAUUUUGAAGCUUUUUUUUUUUGCCCACAUGGAGAAGUAGCUCACACGAACAAAGCGGAUACAUCAGUUAUAAAUCAAACAGCUGCGAUCUGUAUCUUGGAGUAUUUUUAGUCGUGUGGAGGAAGAGAAUGGACUUACAGGGAGUAGAGAAGAGAGAGAGAAAGGAAUGCAAAGUUUCCAGGAUACAUGAACACACCAGCGGGACACGGUUUCAGCCAUGAUCUCCGUGUGGCUCGAGUUCAUCUGUGUUUGCGUGCAGACUUGACGCUACAAAAAGAUCCAGUACCGGUUCUCAAACAGACUUUGGUGCAAGGGCUAAAAACGGACUGCUCCUCAAAACCGCUGAGCCGAGAAGAUUUCCAGGCAGAGCAAUGACAAGGACUUUAGGAAUGGACCAAAACAUCAGCGGCAACACAACGUCCACCUCCAGAGAGAGCAUGAAUUCAUCCCCGUAUUCUCCUGAAGCGACGGCAGCCUUCGCCACGGCGAUUACACUCAUGAUUCUCUUCACCAUCGUGGGAAACAUCCUAGUCAUCAUCGCUGUACUGACGAGUCGUUCUCUGAGGGGGCCGCAAAACCUCUUCCUGGUGUCAUUGGCUGCGGCGGACAUCCUGGUGGCCACGCUGAUCAUCCCGUUCUCACUGGCCAACGAGCUGAUGGGCUACUGGUACUUCCGCUCGGUGUGGUGUGAGAUCUACCUGGCGCUGGACGUGCUCUUCUGUACGUCCUCCAUCGUCCACCUGUGUGCCAUCAGCUUGGACCGAUACAUGUCCAUAUCCCGCGCCGUGACCUACGGAGCCCAGAGGACGCCGCGACGCAUCAAAUGCGCCAUCUUAGUGGUCUGGCUCAUCUCAGCCGUCAUCUCCUUCCCGCCGCUGCUUUCCAUGAACAAGAACCAGGGGGACUCCAGCUCCUCGGUGGGACCUCAGUGCCAGCUCAACAACGAGCGCUGGUACAUUCUCUACUCCACCAUCGGCUCCUUCUUCGCCCCCUGCCUCAUCAUGAUCCUCGUCUACAUGCGAAUUUAUCAGAUCGCCAAGCAGCGCACGAGAUGCCCACCGGGAGAGCCGAGGAAAGAGAUCCCCCCCGGCGCCGCGACUCCGAAAGACAGAGCUCUCCAAAACGGACGAGGAGAUGCCACGACUCAGAUGAAUCCCACCACGCCGAGGCCGCCCACUCUCACCGUGCCUCAAGCCGAGGGCACAAACCGUCCAGCAAGCACCAACACCCUGCAUCCGCCGCUUUCUCCCUCCAAAGAAAUGACUCCCAGUACUCCUCCUGCAGUCCAGUCUCCUUCCCUUUCACCUUCCAGCUCCUUCAUGCAAAAGCAAGACACAGGCACCAACAAACCCAAACAGACCAAGAAAGAGAAGCGCAAUGAAAAGAAACCCGACAACAACAACGGUGAGAGCUCCAGCUCUGAUUCAGACACGGAGCACGGAGGGGCAGGUGUCGAGAUUCCCGUGACUCCAGGAGCUGAUAUUGACACCGGUAUUCACUCACCAGCCACCGUCCAGAAGUACAGAGACAUGAUCACUACAGCUAAGGGCACAAAGUUGGCUUCGGGGAAGCUCAAGCAGGACGGGACCCCUAACUCGGCACGCCGUAAAGCCAUGGUGAACCGAGAGAAACGCUUCACCUUUGUCCUGGCGGUGGUGAUCGGCGUGUUCGUCGUCUGCUGGUUCCCUUUCUUCUUUUCCUACAGCCUGCAAGCCGUGUGCCCCAAAACGUGCGAGCUGCCCAAGCCGGUCUUUACGUUCUUCUUCUGGAUCGGCUACUGCAACAGCUGCCUCAACCCCGUCAUCUACACCAUUUUCAACAAGGACUUCCGCAGAGCCUUCAAGAGGAUUCUCUGCAAGAACACUAAGGGUACAUUCUUUUAAUGAGCAUCUGGAUUUAAAAAAAAAAAAAAACACUUCUUCAAAAUAGAGAAAAAGCACAACUUCUUUGUAAGAGUGUAAAUAAGAGACUCUUUGUAUAGCUGCGCAACGAUAAAGCACAUUAUAUGUUUUUGAUAAACGUCGGUCGACAGAGUCAGACUGUGAACUCGUGGACUCUCGCAGGUUUACAGUUAUCCCAUCGCUCAAGCCACAAAUGCACAAUGUACAAGCAGAGGGUGAAGAUGAUUUCAUUUAGACACAAAAAAAAAAAGACAUAAAAAUAAAAUUGUGCACCUGUGUCACGAUCACAUUAAAAACAACAACGGGAGCACAGCGCAAUAGUGUUUCCCUUCUUCGCCUUUCUAAGAAUCUCUGCCCUCAGGGAUACUAUGUGCAUGAGUUUCAAUCCGAGCAGGCUUAUUUGAUCCGCACAUCACUCGCUCCUACACCCGAGACAAACACGGACAGCAACUUCUCCUCCUCGAUGCCUGAUAAGCUUUAAUCCUGCAGUGAAAAAAAAAAAAAAGGAAAGUGGGAAGAGAAGCUCUCAUGUGGAACACCUUGCCCAGGGCUACGUUCAUCACCCCGAAUACACGCGAAUCGAUCCCGGAUUCGACUUAAAAGCAGAAAAGUUUCAGGUCACAUCCGGGUGAUUUUCGUAUCAUUCCCGUUUAGUAACGCAGGCACGCUCGCUUGAAUCCACAGAGGAAGGUUUGAUUAUCAUACAGAGGCUUGGCCUGCUUUGCUAAUGCAGUGAUGCAACAGCUUUAAGGUAGAUGAGGAUCAGUGUGGACUCUGAUUAUAACUGGACCAUUUUUUCACUAUUUUUUCUCUACAAGAACUCUUGCCCUAGACGGCACUACCACACCCUCACCGUUCAGCAGGGUGAUACUUUGGGACUAAGGGCUGAUGGCAAUGACACUUCCUGUUUGUUUGUUUUUUUUUUCCUUUCUUCCUUGUCUUAUUUGAUGAUCAAAGUGUCAUGUGCAUGUGUGUGUGUGCGUGCGUGUGUGUGUGUGUGUGUGUGUGAGAGUGGGGUUGGGUGUGUGUGUGAGUUGAGCGAGCGCAUGUUGUGUGUGACUGCCUCAUGUGCGAAUGGCAAGACGGACGGGGAUGCGAGUGCGUGCUGUGGGUGAAUGCGUGUGCGCGUGGGAUGUGACAGGAGGUUUGUAUUCGUGCCGUACGAAGAAACGUCAUUCCUCAUCUUUACUUAUUAGAAAAUGUGUGUUUUGAUUAAAAAAAAAAAAGAAGAAGAACCUUCAAGCAUGCCUUCUCUGCCAGCUUGUGCCAAUAUCCUGAAUCCCAUCCAGCUCCUUCAUCAUGCUGACGCUGUUACUCCUGCUCUUUUUACACAAACGGCACAAAAAUAAGGAUUUUCGGCGCGAUUCGGAUUCAGGCCCCGUGAACGAUUUCGCUUUUUGUGUUAUUUAUUUAUUUCCAUUUCUUCUUUUUUUCCCCCCCCUCUAUCUUUUUAACACACGUUCUUCAUUUUCUCUGUGGGGGAAAUUUAAAAAAAAAUUGAAAAUGGUUAUGUAAAAAAAAGAAAAUUCAUCAAAUGCUAUAUCUGGUAUUUACAUUGUUUUCACUGAAUAGUCUUAAGAUGUUGUUGUUUUUUUCGGUUUUCCCCCUGUAAGGACACUGCGUUUGGGCUGCACUUUUUUCCCCGAGCUUCGCGAAAAGCUUCAUCCUCCCGAUCUUUAUCCGUGUAGUCUGUUUGAUUUCCUCCACUCUUUGGAAAUAAAGCCACUGAAAUAUGA